GUGACGCGCCGCCUGCUGCAGGAGAAGCACUUUGGGCCAGUUCACUUCAACUAUUUUGCGCGUUUGGAUGUCCGUCCCGACGCGCAAAACCCGCGCAGAUCUGUUUUUCUGCUCCCUCUUAGAGUGGGAGGGGCUCGUUUUUCCUGCGAUUGUCCGCCUCCCCUCUCUGUCCCUCUCUCAUUUUUUUUCUUCCCAAAGUUGAAUUUUCCGCCUGCCUGGGAGAGCCGUCGCCAGAGGAGCAGCGCAGCUCAUUGCGCCUCCAGACCAGAAGAACGCACCAGGACGAGGGCUUGUUUUUUCCUGGAGGGGAGGCUGCGUCUCGCGGAGCAGACAAAGGAGGGGAAAGCCGAAUCACCUCUGAAUCCGAUAGAGAUUUUUUUUUAAUGAUUCAGCCUUCUCUUUCUAAAUCUGUCGUGUCGCUACCUUUCGGGAUACUUCCAAGAUGUCAGAGGAACAGAGCUGUGGGCAUGAGCUGGUACUUGGCCAGCUUCCGUGGGAUUUGAUGUCUUCUUUAGAUUGGUUUAAUUGAAGAUGGAAACACUGGAGUCUGAGCUGACUUGCCCGAUCUGCCUGGAGUUAUUUGAAGAUCCUUUGCUCUUGCCUUGUGCCCACAGCCUGUGCUUCAACUGCGCUCACCGCAUCCUGGUGUCUCACUGCUCCACCACCAAACCCUUGGAAUCCAUCUCGGCCUUUCAGUGCCCCACCUGUCGCUACGUCAUCACGCUGAAUCACCGUGGCUUAGAAGGCCUGAAGCGCAAUGUGACGCUGCAGAACAUCAUUGACCGCUUCCAAAAGGCCUCCCUGAGUGGACCCAACUCCCCCACAGAGAGCCGGCGCCUGCAGCCGCAGCGGCCCUACACCGCCACCAUUAGCGGUACAAUAGCCGGGACGAUCGGCGGAGGUGGUGGCACAGGCGGAGGAAGUGCCCGCAGCAGCCCAGCCACCUCCAGCCAUUCGCACCCGCACUCCAACCACACCAAUCACAUCAACCACAACAACGCAAACCACAGCCCGGCCAUCGUUGUGAAGAUGGAGCCACGGAUCAGCUGCCAGUUCUGUGAGCAGGAUCCGCCGCGCGAGGCCGUCAAGACGUGCGUUACAUGUGAGGUGUCGUACUGUGACCGCUGUCUGCGCGCAACACACCCCAACAAGAAACCCUUCACCAGCCACCGCCUGGUGGAGCCAGUGCCCGACACCCACCUCCGCGGCCUGACCUGCCUGGAGCACGAGAACGAGAAGGUCAACAUGUACUGCUUGGUGGACGACCAGCUCAUAUGUUCCCUCUGCAAGUUGGUGGGGCGCCACAGGGAGCACCAGGUGUCCUCGCUCACAGACCGCUUUGACAAACUAAAGGCUUAUCAGGUGAGCCCGGGCAGAGUGUCAGAUGCGGUAAUGGAGGCUUCAAAGACAAGCGCUGCGCAAACUCUGGAGAACAACCUGACCAACCUGGUGAAAAGGAACAGUGAACUGGAGAACCAAAUGGCCAAACUCAUUCAGAUCUGCCAACAGGUUGAGGUAAACACAGCCAUGCAUGAAGCCAAGUUGGUGGAGGAGUGUGAUGAGCUGGUGGAGAUCAUCCGCCAGAGGAAACAGGUCAUCGCAGUGAAGAUCAAAGAGUCCAAAGUGAUGAAACUGCGCAAGUUGGCUCAGCAGAUUGCAAACUGUCGGCAGUGUCUGGAGCGCUCCAGCGCCCUCAUCACACAGGCGGAGCAGAGCCUGAAGGAGAACGACCACGCCCGCUUCCUCCAGUCUGCCAGGAGCGUGGCAGAAAGGGUCGCCAUGGCAACAGCGUCCUCACAGGUGCUCAUACCUGACGUCAACUUGAAUGAGGCAUUUGACAACUUUGCCUUGGACUUUUCUCGGGAGAAGAAAAUUCUCGAGGGAUUAGAUUACCUGACAGCUCCCAAUCCACCAUCCAUCAGAGACGAGCUGUGUACCGCCUCCCAUGACACCAUCACUGUUCACUGGACAUCCGAGGAUGAGUUCAGCGUCACCUCCUAUGAGCUGCAGUACACUAUCUACACCGGACAGACUACCUUCAUCAGUUUGUACAACUCUGCAGACAGCUGGAUGAUCGUACCAAACAUCAAGCAGAAUCAUUACACAGUGCACGGAUUGCAGAGCGGCACUCGCUACAUCUUUUUUGUCAAGGCUAUCAACCAGGCAGGAAGUCGCAACAGCGAGCCCGCCCGCCUCAAAACCAACAGUCAACCAUUCAAAUUAGACCCAAAAACAGCUCACAAGAAGCUCCGUCUGUCCAACGACUGCCUGACCAUGGAGAAGGAUGAGAGCUCGCUGAAGAAGAGUCACACCCCGGAGCGCUUUGGCGGCACCGGCUCCUACGGAGCUGCCGGAAACGUCUUCAUUGACAGCGGUUGCCACUACUGGGAGGUGUUGCUGGGAGCGUCAACGUGGUACGCAAUAGGCGUGGCUUAUAAGUCAGCAGCAAAAAAUGAAUGGAACGGCAAGAACUCGUCUUCAUGGGUAUUCUCCCGCUGCAACAACAACUUUAUGGUUCGGCACGAUGGGAAGGAGAUGCUGGUGGAGGCCAGCCUGCAGCUGCGGCGGCUGGGUGUCCUGCUGGACUACGACAACAACUCCCUGUCCUUUCAUGACGCCAUGAAUUCCCAGCACAUCCACACCUUUGAAAUCUCCUUCCUCCUGCCGGUCGUACCCACGUUUAUGAUCUGGAACAAAUCCGUCAUGAUCCUCUCAGGUCUUCCCGUCCCUGAUUUUGUCGAUGGGGUGGCCUCAGAUCUUCAAGAGCACCAACAGCAGCAAAUGGGCCUGUGCCGGCAAGAAUCGCCGUAUUUGACAGGGAUGAAAACCUGUCACUGACCGGCGCGGAGACUCAGAGGUUGAGCUACCGGAGGAUGACAGCGGGACAGAGCUUGGCUCAGAUCCUCACGAGUGAACAAGCUGCUGUGGCAAAGAGUGUUGGAAAUAUGCACACGGGUCUGGAAAAACGUUAGUCUCAUAUUUCUUUGAAGCCAUUCAGACUUCCACAUAUCCAUUAACUCAGAACAUCAGUGUGUUAAAGUCCCCUGAGGCUGCAAAUUGAUAGAGUUGGACCAUUUCAGGUCCUCCUUUUUUAUGUGAGGUUGCAGCUGAUUUGACCCACAGGCAGAAGACCAAAGGUAAAACUCUUCAUGUUGAGCAUUUCCUGUUUAUAGUUCUGUGACACAAACUGAAAGUUUCAAUCAAAUACACUUUUUUUAACAGAAAUUACUCGGCAUAGAUGCAGAUGGAGCUGCUGCCUCACUAACUACUGACGUUUUUUUUAUUGAUGCAUUUCUGUCACUCAAGUUUCAGCAGCAAGUUUGAACAAAAACCAAAUUGGCUUUAAUAACAUGACAGAAAAUACAAAUGGAUGAGGCUUUUUUUGAAUAACAGAAAACCGUAAAAUGAGAAACGUAAACCACUCUGUCAUCUGUUUACUCAUUAUUUUAUAAAAAUAAAAAAAACAUCAAGGUCAGCUGUUUUUCAAAUUCAUACCUCUUUUUUUCACUUCCAUUAAAGCUCAAUAAAUCACAUCCUUUGCUGCUAUUACAAUUCUUUAUCUUUUACGAUUAAGUUUGUACUGAAAAAAAGGUUCAGGAAAUGUAACUUGUAAUUUAAAUUAUCUUUGCAUAAGUAGAAUGCUGACAGGAAGCCAGAUUUUCCUCUUGAAAAUCAAAAAAUAUUUGUAAAGCAAUAUCUUUUUAGGAAAAGUGUCAGUGAUCAACAAAGCAAAAAGUUUGAGUUUCAAUUAGCUAAUUCCGAAAACUGUUAAGGCAGCUGGAGUUACAGGAAGAGUUGGAAAUAAAAAAAAAAAAUAAAAACACAUAUCUAUCCUGAGUUGGUAUGUUGCCUGAAAAGCUGAGGUGUUUACAAAUAAGGAUGCAUUUUAAUGCAUAGGUUGACCAAAAAACAGAAUAAAAAGGUGCAAUUCAUAAAUUAACCACAAGCACACAGGCAAAUAAAUCCUAAUUUACUGUAUUUUUCACACUAAAGGAAGAACCAGAUUAUAAGGCCCACUUUCAUCGAAUGGAAGUUUUUGAAUUUUUAUAGCAUAUAAAAGGCAAAUUUAAUUAUAAGGCGCAUUAAGGGCGACAAGAUUUAGAGAUCUUCUGUUAGGCAGUCAGACUUUAUGUAACUUCAAAACUUGUUUGUGAAAUGCAACACUUUAGCGACGUUGACCUAUUCACAAUUCCUGUAACUCCCAACCUUGUUUGCUACUAAAGAAAACAACUGGCAUUAAGAUGGAGUGCGGUGUACCUCUCAAAAUCGACAUCAGAAAGCACAACUAGAAUAAUCCAUAUAUAGAACACUCGGGAUUACAAGGCGCUAUCGUUUGUCGAAGAAAAUUAAGACUUUUAUGUGUCCCUUAUAGUGAAGAAAAUGCGGUAUUACUGAUUUAAAAUUACCAUAGAAAUAAAGUUAGUUGCGAUGCUUUUUCAGAAAUCUUUUCUUACCUCAGUGGUGGAAUUUUAUUUACCCACAACAAAAGUUUUAUCUUAGAACUGUCCACUAAUGGGGCCAAAACUAAUAUUUAGGUUAAAACUAAUGUCUAGAAUAAAAUCAGCACCUCUAAAACACCAUGUUCACAUAAAAACCCAUUUCACACAAAAAACAUAAUUUUCCAACAUCCCAUCCUUUAAAAUAGCAAUAAGAAAGCUAAAACUGAGGUGGAAAAUUGAAGAAAUCAGUGUCAACACCUUGAAUAUAUAUACUUUAAAGUUAUUAUGUGAUGUGAAGCAGAGAGAAAACUCUGAUUUUGGGAUGUCUCUUUUGAUCAGAGUUCUUGCAUCCUGUCUAACAGGGUAAAUGGAGGUGGAAUAAUUGGCAUGGCUUUCUCAUUUGUAAGUGUACAUUAGGAAUCCAGUUCCUAUUCGAACCCACACAAUUAUUAAAACUUGCAGAUGACUCAGAUGCUGGUUGAGAAGUGGGUUUAUAAAUAUCCUGUUGUUGCUGUGCAUGUGUUGUAUCUUUCCGUGUCCAUCUAUGACUUUAGUCUCCUUGGUCAGAGAUUUGACCCGCUGGGUCCCACUUGCAACUUCCAGGGAGUAUUAAUGUGGCCUCAGAUGUUCACAUGGGGAGAGUUGGCAUCAUGCGGAUACUCCGAGUGUAUAAACUGAUUUAUUUAGAACAAAUGUGUUAUUUAUGGCAGAAAAAAAACAAUGUACUUUUGGUAUUGAUGGCACCAUGUUCAUGAUGCACUUUUGAAUUAGCACUAUUUCUCCUAGUGUGUGGUGAAGUAGAUGAAACCAAGUGACAGGGCAGUGAUGGGGAGGGCAAGCGACAAAUCUACUGCUGCUUGUGUUCACUUUCUACGCUUUCAUCUUUAUUUGGGGGAAUAUUCCCAAAUUAGCCAUGUCUGGAAAUAGUAAAGACAUUGAAAGACAGUAGUCCCUCAAAAGCACUUUGGAACAUAAAAAAACUACAAUUUUCAGUGUAAAAGUUAUUUUUUAUUUUGUUAUAAACACAGCCACGGACUUUCCCUCCUCACCACAUUUUUCAGCAGCUUGAAUUGUAAAUAAAAAAAAGUUAGAGAUUUUUUCAUUUUAUUAUGAUAAGAACUGAAAACUGUAACUUUUCAGGGAUGAGCAGAGUUAUGAGUUGAUUUAAUGUGUUUCACACUGUCAACAACACUGUUUUGCUCACACACACACGUCACGUUCUGUUCAGGUGGAGAUCGAUGCAUGACACAUUGUGAAAUCCCAGGGAAAUUCAACUUCCUCUGUCAAAUAUUUCUUUGUCUGGCUGAACAUUUUACCCACAACUGCCUGACCUAAAUUUCCUUUUCCUUCUUUAUUUUUCCUGCCAUCAUUCUCUGGCUGGAGCUUUUAUUUUCUUAGUGUUUGGAUUUCUCGGCCUGGUGCAGGUGGACGGCUGAUCUUCAGGUAGCAACGCUGAUUCAGACAAUCAAAUGUGUGAUGUAUAUUGUUGCGAAUGCAGAUUUUAAAGAUGACUUUGCAGGAAAAGUUUUCACGUUGAGUGAUGAUGAAGGGUGGGUUUAAGGAAAAAAAAAUAGUUCAGACCUUUGAAUUUGAGCUGAAACAUGUCCUGUCUCAUCACCAUGCAUGUUGUCAGUGUUGACUCUUGUAAAAAUAUUUAUUUUUCUGGCAGGUUGUAAUAGGAUUGGCUUGAAAAAAUCAUAAGAAAUACUUCAAUUAAAGCACAAGCCUGGAUCGAAUUUUCUUUCCUGCAUCGCAAAAAUCCCAUCAAAGUAAAAAUCUGCCCGUUUCAUCUUCCAACAUCAGCAUCCGUGACCUCGACGCGAUUGAGGCGCAUUUUACAAUAAUCAACAGGUCAAAGGUCACUCAUCAUGAGUCAUAUCACCUGGCUUUGGGUAUAUCUCAUCAUCUUGUUGAGUAAUGUCAGUCACAGACCCUGAACGCCCCCGUGGGUUGAUUUGCGAUCUGGACUGACAGACUCGACUUAUCCGCGCGUGUUCUUGGCUGGGUCGCUGCAUGAUGACGCGACCUUGCUGCCGGUUCAUAACUCUCUCCUUAUCUUGACGAGCUGAUGAGCUGUCUUAUCAAGGCAAAAACUAUCAUCAGUCUCUUUUUUUAAUUAUUUUUAUUUUACAAUGAAAAAAUGUCAUUUCCGUGCAUAUCCGUACUCCUGUUUUUGUGUCACAAGUCAGUAUAGUAAAAUUUACAAAGAUUUUCAAAAGCUACCCCCUCCUUGUAGUGCAGUGUUGAAAUCCUAGAGAAAAUGCAAUAGAUUCCUCUCAUUUUUCUUUUUUUUUUGUUGGGUAAUUUGGGGGAUUUAGGUUUUUUUUGUUUUUAACAACCGAACAAAAAAGUUUUCCUCUCCUUUUUUGGCACUGGGACCUUGAAUAACGGAGCAAUCAGAGCAGUUUUGUCUUCAUGUAAUGCUUUCCGUUUCCAGAGAUAUAAAAAUUACUUUAGUCAGAGAGGAAUGUAAAUCAUAGGGAGGAAAUAUAUAUUAUAUAAAGUUGUAUAAUAAACAAAAUAUAUAUGAACCAAUGUUAUUUAUGUGAAGUCCAAUAAAAGAUCUGACUGCAAAGA